GAUAAUCCGUAUGCACGAAUAAUUGUCGAAGUUGCCGUACUUGAAAAUACCAGCGUAUUGGAACACAAAAUGCGAAACUUGCCUCUGAAGAGUAGUUUUUUUUGUAUUAGGCAAAGUUAUGACUCGUCAAGUUCCACCGCCGGCAGGAAGCACACCAUCAACAAUCCAAAUUUAGCUGCUAUAUCCGUCUUAGAAGAUUUUGGAAUAUUACAAUUAGGCAGUGAAGAACCUACUAGUUGCACUGGCCCAGACAUUGCAAACUACACUGUUACCGUUCCGGUAUCUGAUGUAUUCUGGGAUCCACCCAUUGAUGUGGCUACAACCAAUUGUUUUGAAAAACAGGACGAAGCGCCUACGCAUGGCAUUCAGAUUAUGAAAAACGCGGGCAUUACUGGACACGUUAUGCUAAAUGAUUGA